AUGGUUGUGUUGCGCGGCAUGUUCUUCGAUCGACAUGGCUAUCGGGCUAUACUUUCGGACGGUGAUUAUGACGACAGCGAUUCUGACUCGUCUUCUCUAUCUUCGAAUUCCGCUACGAAAGAAGACUCAGAGGAUUCUGACAGUUUCUUUUGUCGCAUACUAGAAAAAACGAAUGAAGUGAGGUUUGAAGAGGACUCAGAACCUCCUAAGACCAGAGGAGAACUCGAUAUCAAGGACCUACCUCCGAUAGAAAAGUUAUCGAUUUCAGUCCCGGAGGACGUCCAGAUGCUACCCGCUGGUAAAGUCAAGUGUACAGUUGACUGCUUAGUGAUUGUCGAAAGUUACAGCGGCGCUUGUCCGCUCGAUGCAGAUACUUCGAACGAAUUGACGAAAAAGGUGUUUGUGGACGAGCUAAAAACCGUCAAAGGCUCUGAUGCAAGUUGGGAGAACAACAACGAGCCGCCUGAGCACAUCCGCUACUUUAGCGACGACGAAGAAGAGCGCCAGUGGAAGAACCGAUUUCGAAGAAGUUGCGAUGGGCGACGAAAAAUUAACACCGUUGACGUCACAGCUGUAAAUGACGAUGCAUCCAACGCGACAAAGCAACAGAAACAAAGACCUUGCGGUAAUCGAAACAACGUUCCGUGGAAUACUGAUUUCCAUGUCCCUCCAUCUCAACAUCAGAUUUACCCGAUUGCUGAUGAAAAUCGAAGAUUUGCUACCGGCUUCACCCAGAAAGCCUCAGUGCAUAUUUCUCCUAGCUUCACUCCUUAUCCUGUUUCGUCCCCGCACGGCAAUGUGAACUCAGCUGCAUCGGGCACUGCGUCUAAUCUUAACAUCCAGAAUCGUCUUGACAAUGCGAGGAUGUUUUUCACUCCUGCCUCCUUCCGUCCUCCUCAACCAAAUAAUCAGUGA